AAAUAUACGUGAUAUAACGUAAAAGUAUUAUCAAAAGUUUGAAUUUCGAACGAGACUGAGAAAGUUUUUUUUAAAUGGCGGGUUUAGAAGGCUUGAGUGAUCAUGAUAAGGCCGUGUUGAGGAGUAUUUUCGAUCCCACAGCUACUAUUGCUGAUGUUGAUGUGGAUGAAGACACAUUUGAGGAGGAAGAUGAUGAAGCAACAACCGACGCUGAAAAGCAGUCAGUGCAACUCUGCGCCCAAGGAGUACGAUUAGCCAAUGAAGGCAAACUGGACGAAGCCUUGGAGGUGCUCAGUAAAGGCGUCGAGUUAGCCCCGGAGCGCGCGUCCGCGUACAAUGACAGGGCGCAGCUCUUGCGUCUCAUGAAGAAAGAUGAUGAAGCCAUGGCGGACUUAGACCGCGCACUCCAGCUGACGGCAGGACGAAAAACAAAAGCGCGCGCACUAGCUCUGUGUCAGCGCGGUGUCCUCCUGCGAAAGCGGGGUGAGGAUGCCCGCCCAGCGUUCCUCGAGGCGGCCAAGCUUGGCAGUGGAUUUGCCAAGAAACAGGUGGUCGAGCUGAAUCCCUACGCUGCUCUCUGCAACCAGAUGUUGAGUGAAGUCAUGAGGGGAGGAGAGGUGAAGUUGGCCGGCAUCCCGGAGCCAGAGCAAUAAGGACGGUGGAAUUGAGUAUUUGAAUUCGUAUAUUAUAUAGUCUGUC